GGUUUGCACCUGUUACAUAACCAUUCAUACUAUAAAGCCAUGAGCCAUUUCACAAUUUCAUGUAACAGAUUGUCUCUCAGCCACUUCAUAUAAAACAACCUCAUUCAAAAUAUGCAACUGAUGGAUUUCUGCAAACCCUCACUGUGUCUGUGCCUGCUGGCUCUAGCUGCUGUUGCCAUAGGACUGGCAUCUGCAGUAGAAGUGCAAAAUACUGAGCCUGAGGAUACCAGUACUACUGACAGUUGUAAACAAGGCAACAACGAUUAUACAGAGAUGGACGUUGCCUGUAAAGUUCCAAUUAUAGGCAGACGUCGACUAUUAACUGGCACAAAGUAUGGUUUAAUUGAGAGAUCUUACUCUCAGAUAGCACUCUUCAAUGGUCAAUCUCCUAACAACACCUGGCGCAUCGUGUGCGAGACUCAGAAAAAUGUUUUUGCUAUCAUCAUGAACAUGCAUUUGAAAUUCGAUGACUAUUUGCAAAUUAAGCUCAAGAAAUUAACUGGAGAAAUUGGGGAUAAAUUUGAAUAUCUUCAUUUCAGCAAACGCUCUGUUCUGGUAUCCAUAGCAACAAACAGUAGCAGGGACUUGUUUGCACCUCAGUCAUCGUUUGUACUCGGUUACAUGUGUAUCAAUAACACUGCCGAUACCCUUGAAACGACCAUGGCGUUCCUAGAUAACAACAAAGUGCUCAAGUACAUGCGUUGUCGUCCCAACGCUUUCAAGAAACUAGCGCAACAAUUAACAGACAACUUUUACCAUUUCACUACCACUGACCAGGAUAUUCAAAAUAUGUUGAAUAUAAAGAACGACAAAGAGUCGGAGGUUGUACCGUUGCCAUGCACUAAUACUCCCAUUGUUAGCGAGUGGACCGAGUCAUCUGCUGAUGGAUGUAUUGAUGACCAACAGUGAUCGACCAAUCAAACUGCAGUAUAUUGUGUAGAGUCACAUUUUAAACUGACUAUAAAUGUAUUAUAGCUGUUAUUAUUAUAAACGACAUCACGUAUUAUAGUCUAUAAUUAUAUAUAUAUUAUCAUAUCAUCCAAUCAUUAGUCUUUAUUAUCCAGCUAUUAUUAUCAUCAUGCAUUUAAUUUUGGAAAACAAAAAAUGUUUUUAUGAUAAUUGUCAUGGAAGCAGGUCCACCCCUUUUUGAGCUGCAGAGAUCUUUUAGCUGUUGUUACUGUGACGAUCUUUACCAAUCGACCAUGUGUCGAAAGAUCAAUCAAACGGCCCCUAUUUCUACACACCUUGGAGAGUAUAUCAUAUGACAAGCUGCAGCUCGGCAAAGAAGAACUCAUCUAAAGUUUUCAACUGAGGAGAUAGGUUGGUUGCCAUGGCGUCAUUGUUUCAAGCGCAAUGGACCGUUUUGUGUGACAAAAAAGCCACUUCUCAAAAGAGGGCUGCUAGCUAUACUGUCAUCACAAGUCAUCUGAAAGAUCCCAACAUAAGCCAAGACUUCUACCAAGCUCUGUACGACACAAAGAUUGACCUCAUUACCAAAAUACUGGAGGACAUCAGGUGCAAGUCAUGUGAUCAUGCAGCCCUACAAGUGCUCGGCUACUGUCUCUACAUACCACAGCUCUGUGAUACCUUCAGUCCCGACAUGAUUCAAGUCAUCGUAAAUGGUGUGUGCGGUGUGAUACAAGAUGAAGACAUUUCCAAGUCAGUGUGUACGAGGGCACUAUGGACAUUGUCCAAUCAGAGGCUGUCGUUGGCUGAUCAUGUGACUAGCAUUGUCUCCGUGGUAACCGAGCUAGUGAUGUCACCACGGUUGGUCACACCUACUGUCGACUCUGAGGCACUAAACGUCCUUAUAAGACUGAGUGAACAGGGACAGAACGUGUUCACCUCGUCCCCUCAUCUCUGGUAUCCCGCCAUCUUCACUCUCUCUCUUUAUGACCUCCCUAGGAUUUCGUCAAAAGCAUUGACCUUUUCAAUCUCCAUGGCAACACACCUUGUGGAUAAUCAAGUCGUCAUCAGCUGGCUAACUAAAGAACUGAAAAAGAAUGCCAUCUCUAAAAUGCUGACGCAGCUAGGUGGGCGUGGUCAGACCACUUGUCAUGUGCUGAGCGUAUGGAAUCAUGUGAUCAACAUUCUUGGAACGUCUCUGCACAAGCACGGAUCUUUCCUCAACGAUCUCCUCCGUGUGGUGGAGGGUGGUUUCAAACAUCGUUCCCUCCCAGUGCAAGUGGCAGCCUACAACUCGUGGAUGGUCCUCAUAUCAAACUACGCCAUCAAUCUAGAAUUGUUCACUUCCCAGAAGAGAUUAAAGUUGUUGCUAAUGCCGCUAGUGACCUCUGCCGCUAGAAACAAACAGGAGCAGGUGGAGAAUGCACGCAUCAGCGCAUACUGGCAUCUGAUUGGUCACCUCGGCCACCACAAGGAAGAGCUGUUUCAACAGGUGUGUGUUCCAUUCUUGCUUCUGUGUUUGGGUCUCGAUCCCAAAACUGAGACCACUAAGUUUAUGUCUCGGUUCCAAACAUUCAACACUCGUACCGUUGCCAAGGAAACAUUGUCAGAGACAGAAACGGAGGCACCCAAAGAAAAGGAAAAUGUUAGCAAAGAAACGCCGCCUGUAAAAAGUGCUGUGUCAGCAGAAAAUUCCGAGUUAUCAGAAGAGGUUGUAUCUAAAAGGUCAACGGGGUCAUUAUCCUCUGAUAUGGGGUCAAAGUAUAAUAUGGGAGACCUACUGAAAUUUGUACACUCGAUGCAAGCACAGUCCAAGCACAUGAAUCAUUAUAUUGGGGAGCCCACUGUUACCAUGGUGAUGACAGGGUGCCACGCCCUCCUCCAGUUUAUUGGAAUCAAGAUCGAUGUCUCCGAGAGUCUCCUAACAUCAGACAUAGAUCGCUACACAGUCUACCCCAAGUUCCUGGUCCCCAUGGAAACAGCCGAAUUCUUCACUUUAUUUCUUGAUUGCCUCCUCUCUCACAAACAAAUCUUCACAACAGCCGAUGAUGGUGCGUUGCUAUUAGAGACGGCUGUUCAUCACUUAGUGUCUGUAUUGGUGUGCUGCAUUGACUCAGAGCAAGCUCCUCCUCAAGACGACUCAAACAGAGCCUAUCUCAUAUUUGACGUCCUCAUUCGAUUGGUUGAAUCUGGUUGCCUUGACAGCGUGAUAUGUAAACAGAUGAGAUAUGACAUAUUGCGACAGUUAUGCAGCGUACCGGCCCAGUUGUCGAGUACGUGUGGUGGGUGGAGACGGUUGCUAGGGGUGUUGCUAGGCAACUGCAAGACGGAGCAACUCAGCGACUGGUUCUCAAACACGUACCGCAAGUUGCUCACUGUAGCCACUACGCUAUUCGCGACCUCUGACCCCUUGAGAAACCUCGAUCAUAUCAUACGUAAACUUGACGAGUGUGCUAAAGUGGGCGGGGCCUCUGAGGAACACCUCUCAUUCAUGUGGCUUCUCACCACAAAGUCUUUCUGCAACGUCGUAAAUGAGACGAGUAUCAUCAACCUUGGUACUACAUUGGAACCUGACAUUUCUUUAGUGGGUAUCAUUCUCAAGUUUCCAUUCCUAUACCUCAUUCCUAAUGGCAACAAGGAUUCGGUGGCAAAUGUUAUCCAAUUAUGGAAGGAAACUUUCGAUAUUUCGUCUCGACACGCCUCCCUGGUUGUCAAGGACCCCAACUAUUGUACGCAGCUGGUUGCUAAGGAGUUAUAUACUGCUUAUAGCGUUCACGUAAAGGCUAAUAAAAGCAGUAAAGACGAAGUUAGAAGCUUUCAGAUAAAAUUUGAUCGUUUUCAAAACGCUGUGGCAACGGCCAUCCAUCACAUUGUAGAAAGGUUGAGCUGGAGUGCUCUUCAUACUGCCGCUAACAAAGGUCAAAGGUCAGGUUGCAUCUUAACGAUUCUGAGCUUGCUGAGUUGGCAAUUGGUAACCCUGGGAGACUCGGCAUUGUCACUAAGUCAGCUUACUUCUCCCGCUGUUGUUAUGGCGACGGUUUCGAUGUUGUAUCAGCAGGCGACCACUGAAGAGAUGAUCGCCAUGGUAACAGAGUCGCUGGCACAGCCACUCACUGUGUGUAUGGAGACGGCAUUUAAAUUGGACAGGGUGGCACAGACCAAAACUCAUCAGAAGCAACAGAACGAGUUGCUAGGAUACGUGACUAUCACAUGGAAGACCAUCCUCACAGUAUUCCAGACCCGCUACACUGGUCAGUAUGACACCAGUCUGUUGGCUAUGGUCUCCCCACUGUUAGUGUCUGCCUUGUCAUCAGAGCUGCCCAACAUCAUAGACACCACACUCACAUUCUGGAAGCUCACAUUUGACGCCCACUCAACAGCCCUCGUAUAUCCUCCAAAACUCAAAGAUUAUUUUCAGACGUAUAUUCGCUCGGAUAAUCACAUGAGGCUCAAACUACCCGGGAUUGCCAUGGCAACUGCCCCCAAUGUAACGGCGGCAUCUACCCAAGACCUCCUUUGUCACCUUGGCAACACACCACCACGUCACAGUGUAACCAUGUCUCCGAGUCGCCAUGACAAUGUGUUGCCAAGGGGAGACGUAUCCCCAGGUCCUAUAGUUCACCCAGUGACAUCAUCACCUCAGAAGAAUGUUAGAGGAAGCUUCAUGAAUCGCCACGCCCACACAUCUGGCCACGCCCCCAACUCCUCUCUCAAAUCACACCCAUUUUCACCUGUUGCUAAGAUAUCUACUUUAUUACAGGCUUUGGAUGCUGUUCUGACUCACUCUGUGUCACGUGACAAGAGGGGUGGGUCACGUGAUAGGAGGGGUGGAUCACGUGGCAAGAGGGGUGGAUCACAUGACACAAGAGGUGGAGCAAAGGAAGUUUCAGCACGAAGGAAAUUGUCCCUAAGCAGAGAUAAUGAGCAGUAUGUCCCCAUAGCCCCGCCCACCAAGAGACCACGCCUCCUUACACAGCGGCAGAAGGAGAGACUGAGAGAGAAGCAUGCUCUAGAUCACUCUCAGGACUUGCCCUUAUCCGAGACACAGACACAGAAUAUGGACGAUGAUGAUGUUAUUAUAACACACAUGUCACCUCCUACCAAUCUUGAGAAAUGUGCUGACUCAGAAGUCGUUAUCAGUAUGGUCCCAAAUACUCGAGUUAACCUUGUCAGUGCCGCCAUCAUUAACCCUUCAGUCACUACCCCCGUCAGUGCCGCCAUCAUUAACCCUUCAGUCACUACCCCCGUCAGUGCCACCAUCAUUAAUACUUCAGUCACUACCCCCGGCAGUGCUGCCACCAUCAUUAACCCUUCAGUCACUACAGAAUUGCCUUCUGCUACUGAACCUGUAUCUACGGCAAUCAAGCAUGUUACUACGGCAACAACCAAGUCUAUUACUAUGGCAUCUACGGCAACAGCCAAAUCCGUUACUAGGGCAACUACUGCAGCAACAAUGCAUGGUAUUAUGGCAACUAGACCAAUAACAACAAGCCCCGUUACCGUGGUAAUUGAACCAACAACGAACCCCGUUACUAUGGCAUCUACGGCAACAGCCAAAUCCGUUACUAGGGCAACUACUGCAGCAACAAUGCAUGGUAUUAUGGCAACUAUACCAAUAAUAACAAGCCCCGUUACCGUGGUAAUUGAACCAACAACAAACCCCGUUACUAUGGAAACUGCGUCAACUACACCCGUAUCUACGGCCACUACACCCGUAUCUACGGCCACUACAAUCGUAAAUCCCUCGGAAAAAGUUAGCGAAAGUGGAAGUGGCAUAAAAUCUCUUAGCUUGAGAACCCGUAGAAAACAGGUUUCCAAACCCCACCCCUCCGAAGCCGCUGCCGUGAUGUUAACUACUCAAGCAGGAAAAAUGUUGAAAUUACCUCAGGAAAAAUCGCUAUCAAAAUUGCAUAAUUUACGAGGAGAUGUUGUUCCGCAUAUGAGGACGAAGUGUUUGGAGGGUUCUAGUACCGCAACUACUUCACUGUCUCCAAUUGAAGAAAUGCCGCAAGAAAAUUUGAAAUCAUCCGAAUCUAGUGACACUAUGAAGGAAGGCUGUGAGGUCGUUAUGUUGAAUAUUGUAAAGAUUAACAAGAUGACUGCUAUCAAAGAAACUGAAUCAGUUCCUGAAAAUGUGGAAUCAAAUUCUCAACAAAUUACCGAAAACUUUGAUAUUGAUACGACCCCAUUGAAGAACGCCCACCCUACUUACAUCCCCACACCCGUCACAGACUCUUACACCUCCACAGCCUCCCAUACCCUUACACUUGUCACAGCCUCCCACACCCCCACACCUAUCACAGCCUCCCACACCUCCACACACAGCACAGAAGGACGACCAAUCGGGGCUCCGACAGAUAUUGGAUUUCAAACAUACAGUCGAGAUAGCGAUGGGAAGAUUGUGUGUACUGGAAAUGUGCAGAAGACAAAAUCAGAUUCUCUGAACAAGUCUAAAAAUGUGAGACGAGAGGGGGAUUUCCCUGGAGAUGGGGAUUUCCCUGGUAGACAAAUAUUUGGGACAUGUCUGCUAAAUUCUUCGCAUGUAAAAACAGAUAAUAGCAAAGGUUCUAAUUUAGACAAUGCCGUUACGGGUGUUGUUGACAUGGCAACGAACUCUGAACCUAAUAUCAAGAACAGUACCGAGAAAGUUUUGGCAGAAAACACUGCCGUUGCUAUCGGUGGUAACGAGCAGCAGAAAUUAGAGGCUUCAAAGAAGAAAAUUACUGAUGACAGGGACAAAGUGGCACCUCCCCCUAGUGACCCUCCUAGCAACGAUGGUAAUGGAGUGGAGGUCGACAAUGACGACAUGACUACAGUUGAGGAUACGCAAAUGGAGGUAGAAAAUAACGAAGAAAAGUUGGAGGAAACGAACGUUGAAAAGAUGCAAGUGCAGAAUGAUGAAUUGGAGGCUACAAAUGAUGACAAAAGAACGGCUGAGGACACUAGUACUGAGGCAACAAAUGACGAGAAGACGCAAAAGGAGGUCAGAAAGGACGAGUGUGAGGACUUAGAGGAUCCUUUACAAGUGGUAAAGGAUAAACUGUUAGCCACGCCCACUCAUCAGCGGACUGUUGUAGCCACGCCCACUCAUCAACGGACUGUUGUUGCCACGCCCAUUCAUCAACGGAUAGUUGUUGCCACACCCAUUCAUCAAAGUGAAGUUGAAGCCACACCCACUCAUCGACGGUCCUCAGAUCCGGCUGGAAUACUGAAACACAUCAGUCAGUUUGAUACGCCCUCCACAGCCAAGAGUGAGAGGCGUGUCCAGUUUGGAGGGACAACAGUUCACGUUCCAGCCAGCAAAGAGGUCAAGACUCCGAGCCAUGCUCGUGCAGCUCGAGCGCCCCAGGCUGUAUUCUCCUCUAGACGAACACUGCUAACGCUACUCACACCGCCACACAACAAAAUGAUCACUGUACCUAAACCUCCUGUGACUCCGUCCCUUGGGUCAUGUGAUCUGGUAUACCCGUCACUGACCGAGUGCCCCUCCCCCAUCGAGCAGAUAUUACCCUCCCUGUCAGCCAGCAAGUCCACACACGGUCUGGUGCAGCUGGUACGUGCUCGGAACAUCACAACUGUUGGCAACAUCUCAUCUCUCACGGAGCAGCAGGCACAGACACUACCAAUCAAGAGUCCAAAGGUCAUCAACCUCCGGAACGCCCUACGAUCGUUUGAGCAAAAUCUGGGGUCAAAGCGCAAGUCAUCGACUUCCGAUGCUGACUCAACAAUACUUCCUCCCACAAAGGUUGCCAAGACGACUACUGAACCUGAGACAAACUCUGACCCCUUGGCGACCUCUAAGGAAACUACUGAUGUAUUGAACUCUAAAAAUGUUUUUGAAGAUCCCGAGAAUAUUAUUCCGAAUACUCCUGAACCAACCUUCAACCUAUCCACACCCGAUAGCGAGCUGGUUGCCAUGGGAGACGACAAGCCACACCCACCCAGCGAAGACUUGGAUAUGACCCCUGACCUUCUACCAUCCGUUGAACAGGCAGCUAAUAACAUGCCAUUAAUGAAAGUUACCGAACAUGAUCAAACAUCCACUGAACUUAAUGCCGCUACAGAAACAGCUUCUUUACAGUCUUCGAUAUUACACGAUCAUUUAUACUGCUCCCAACCUUCCGCUACUACCAAUACAAGCAAUAGAGGGUCACAUGACACAGGCAGUGAAUCACAUGACAUGGAAAGCGUGUCACAUGACACAGGCAGUGGAUCACAUGACACGGGCAGUGGAUUACAUGACAUGGGCAGCGGAUCUAUCGUAGAACCUGUAAAUAGAGACAAACUUCGUAUGGGAUCAAUUGAUCACACUUAUUGUAGAGCAGAUGUGGCUCCAGUUAGCCAAGAAUUGUUCUCCGAAGCUGACCACACCUCCACUGAGCAGCAGCAACACGCCUCCCCACAGGUUCCCAUGGAUACCAGCAACCAAUCUAUUCAAGAGGCGCAAUCAUCAGCGGACACCUCUAAAACCAAACAAUCUAGUAUUUUAAUUGAGGAUCAAUUGUCAACGGAAACGAGCGAUUCUGUUGUUGAAUACAAAGAGCCGAUAAAGGAUGUAGCUGCAAUGAGUGAAUCUGAUUGGACGCUGCUUGGAGAACUACUGUCAAGAGGAGCAAACAAUUGUCAUAAUCUGAGCCGCGAGAAAAUACAAUUUUUCUUCAAGAAAUCGAAUCGAUUUUCUAAAACACUUUUUACGCACAAAACUUAGUGCAAAUGAUUGUGUACGUUGCCCCUAGUUACCAUCGCCCGUUCCUUGUAUAUAAUUAUGUAUGAUUAUACUUUUUAUUUGUGCACAAUUUAUACAAUAUAGACAACGUACUUCAUCUUGUUCAAUGUUUGUAUUAGAACUUGAUUAACAGUAAUUAUAAUUAUAA